AUGUCCUCCAAUGGUGUCUCUACCGGCAAUGACCGUUUCAAUAGCGAUGCCACCAACUGGGACUCGAAUCCAAUCGUGCAGGAGGCGACCCGACUGGCUUUCCAGACUUUGAAGCCCAUCAUUCAACAGCUCUCGGCGUCCUCUGACAGUGGCCUCGAUGUCCUCGAAGUCGGCUGUGGUACCGGGUUGCUCACCCUCCAGCUUGCCCCGCUGGUAAAGGAUCUCGUUGCCGUCGAUCCAGCCCCUGGGCUCUACUGA